AUGACGUCUAGGGAAAAAACUAAAACGUAUCUCGCGAAGAAGGAGAUACCACAACUGUUUGAGAGUAUGAUGACGGGUUUAAUGUAUUUUAAACCGGAAAACCACCUUGAAUAUUUGCAAGAGUGCAUCACCAAAGCAAAGGACAGCGAUGGCCGCUCACUUCAAUGGAACACAUUCGUUGAAGAUCAAGUACAAAUGAGAAAGACAAGCCCGUUGCCACCAAUUACAUCAGAGCCAUUAGAACGUCAACCAACGUUCGCCACUGAGCCCUCCCUCUUGGAUUUAAAAACUACUAGUCCCCUCCCACCAAUUGCAUCCAUAAAUAGAUCCCAAAACCUACAACAUAUAUUUGUCAUUGGUGGACCAGGAAGUGGUAAAGCUCUCUUGUGUGAGAAGCUGGGCAGUAGGUAUGCUGAAUAUCAUCAUGUGUCAGUUGGACAAAUGAUAAGAGACAAAAUAUCAGCCAGUAAGGAAGAUGAUGCCCACAUGUCAAACCUCAAGUCCAUUGUAGCCAAGGGUCAGUUACUAUCUGAGUACGGACAUCCAGAUCUUCUUCUGUAUCUUGAAUGUGAUGAGCAGAUAUUGCGAUACCGACUAGAAAAGAGGAGAGCCAUUAACAAACGAGAAGAUGAUACUGCAGAGGCAACUGAAUCUAGAUUGUCAAUAUUCUUAAAAAAUACUCCCUGUCUCUUUGAACAAUUUCCAGAUGAUAUUAAAAAGUUGCCCUAUGAUAUUUCUCUGUAA